AAUGUUUUGGACGCGUCCCACCCCCGAAGGUCACACAUAUUCUCAGCGUUUUCAAGGUAUCGAAGAUGUCAGGCAUGUCUCUGAAGAGCAUAGUCAUCGCUUUGCUGUGCAUCGUUGUGCUUAUAACCCUUCCUUAUACCUCACAUACGGCCCUACGGUUCUCUAAUGCAGCUUUGCCUCUCCACAAGAGUAACAACUACGCGUACGCCGCGUUUCUCGCAGCGCCGUCAGAAAUCACCCAUGACGCUCCAGAUGAGGAUGACAUGUAUUUCGUCAACACACGCAUGUUGAUUUACCAGGCCUUGUAUGCGCCAGCCACCCGCACAGUCAAUUCGUAUCCUUUUGUUGUGCUGGUAACACCAGAUGUUACUCAGAGCAAGCGGCAACGGCUUGAGGCAGACGGAGCGCAAGUGAUCGAGGCACCAAAACUCGCACUCAAGCACAGUACUCGGAAGCAGUGGCGGGACGUACUCACGAAGCUGCGGCUUUUUGAGCUUACGCAGUUCGACAAAGUUCUGUUCUUGGACUCGGACAUGCUACUUGUGAAGCCUAUGGACGGAAUCUUCUCGGAUCCGGCUGUCGAAGAGCGAGCGAAUAAGAACGACACGUCUUUGGAGACGAUGCCUGCUGACGAAGCCCCACAGCCGCAGUCCUACCUCUUUGCAGCCAUUUCGGGCUCUGGUAGUUGGAAGCACGUGUUGCCACCCAAAGGAAGUCGGAGCAUAAAUGCAGGAUGUGUUGUCUUCCGCCCUUCGCUGGAUUUAUUCAAUUACUACGUAAGCCUUGCACAGCCUGAACUUGAAGGGCGCUUCAACGGGCGAUAUCCGGAGCAAGGACUAUGGGCGUACGCCCAUAGACCCGAGGGCAACAUGCCGUGGGGUCGUUUGGACCCGAACUGGAACAUCAACUGGGCGACGCACAGAGACUUGGAGUAUGGGAUUGCGAGCCUUCAUUCGAAAUUUUGGCAACUAGAUCAUGAUCCUUUGUUGAGGGAUUAUGGCCUGUCUGUGAAGUGGACCAUGGAGGGGUACUGGGAGGGACGGGAACGAAGGGAGAUAAGCUGA